CUCACCCUCACAUACCGCCUAUACGAGCCGCACUUCUACUUCCAGGUUUUGGGCACUAAUACCUAAUACUACGCACUCGACCUCACCGCCCGCAUUCCUCUCUUCACCCCCGCGACACACCCGCUUCUGCCGCAUUCCAGAACCGUUUGUGCGAGGACCUGACAGAUUAAUCUCGCAACGUUUGACUCACACGAGAUCCAUUUAAAAACCUCGAGUCAAUUCGACAUCGGUGUGAGCUUGGACUGGAAUUGGAUUCUACAUCAUCCACUGCGACAAGGCGCACUGCGCAGGGAAAGAGAAGAAACGAGAGCACCAACCAACCACAGAAAAGAAGCCGCCGUCAUGCGCUUGUCGUCAAGGCAGCUGGUGCUCCUCGCCAUCGCUGGCUUGGGAUCUGCUAAGCCUUUUCCCCGAGAUGAUCUACACGAUUUCGGCUACUCUUAUCUCAUGCCCCGCGCCUGCGAUUCUUACUGCGGCUCUGACAAUCAAUACUGCUGUGGCUCCAACGAGGUCUGCCAGACUGCUGAUGGCGUCGCAAACUGCGUCAAGGGCUACAUCGGUGCCUUCACCACCACCUGGACCGAGACCAAGACAUACACCAGCACGAUCAUGACCCGCUGGGAGCCUGCUCCUGAACCUACCGUGGGCGUCGACUGUGUACCCAAGAACGACGAGCAAGAGGCCUGUGGUGAAAUUUGCUGCGCUGGAUGGCAGACGUGCGCCUACGACGGCCAGUGUUCGGCGAAGCCUGGCUACGACGAGCCUACUGCUGUUAUCAUCACCAGCGACGGCAAGGUCACCACCCGCUACUCUGCUCCCUACCGAGUCACUGGCACCACCACCAUCACUACUAGCGGCGUCCAGAGCACUGAGACUGAGACUAUUACUGGGACUGAGACCACUUCCGAGGCCACGGCCACCUCGACCAGCGAUGAGGCUGCGGCCGGAGAGGGUUCAACCAGCGGCGGCGGUCUCAGUGCUGGCGCCAUCGCCGGUAUUGUCAUCGGUUCCGUUGCUGGUGUCGCUCUCCUCCUGCUACUCUGCUUCUGCUGCAUCGCCCGUGGUCUCUGGCUCGCUCUCUUUGGCAAGAAGGACAAGAAGGAUAGUCGUGAGCAAGUCGAUAUUGUCGAGGAGCGCUACUCCCGUCACGGAAGCCGUCCCCCACCCUCUGCCUACUCUCGCAAGUCUCGCAUGAGUGGUGCCCCAUCCGCAGCCGGUGACCGCCGCGAGAAGAAGUCGAGCGGUAAGAAGUGGCUCGGCAUCGCCGGUCUCGCGGCUACGCUCCUGGCUCUGCUCAACCUCAAGAAGGACAAGCGACCUGCUAGCACCAAGCCCGCGCGGUCAUCCCGUGGGUCUUCGCGAUACAGCGACUCUUACUACUCAUACAGUGAUUACACCGGCACCAGCCCCAGCAGCUCAAGCUCUGGUGGAAGAACACACCGCACUCGCCGUACACGAGACAGCCGAGCGAGGUCAUACUACUCCCGCUCUCCUCGACCUUGAUCUGAGACGACGGCUUCUCACUCGCCCUUCAUCACCAUCUCCCUCCCACAUCUGUACAUGUCUCCGCAUUUGACAUAGGGACUCGAGCUGAAAUGGAUAUACGCUCGACUUGUUGCUUCGCACAUUGGGCUACUGGCGUUCCGGUUUCUCGUAUAUAAUUGUCUCCUGUUGAUUUUUUCCCUCUUCCUCCUUUUCCAUCACCCCCAAUCCUCCCGCAACCCCCUUCUCGACACUAAGUUUUCACCACGAUUGUUUUUUGCACGCAUGGAUUAUGGUUACGGUUAUGUUUUUUUAAGAGAUCACGUCACGAGGGAAAGUAGAGAUGACUUGCCACGAAAGGUCAAGAAAAAUUCACGAGUUUGAUAUAUAAAGAUGGAUAUAUCGAUGAGGCAUGGCAUAAUGGAAUUAAAGAAAGCAAACCUCAUUUUCACACCC